AUGUUUGACAAUCGCCACCGCUCGCCUGCUCAACUAACUCCAGAGGCUAUCACUGAGACCUACAACCGCCAUCCUUCCCCGGCAGUUGAAGAAGAAACAACUGGACCGCGUCAGUAUCAUCCAACUCCCAACAAUGAGGAUAUGUUGUUGAGCCUUCCCUCCAUGGACCAUGUAUCGCACGAGCACAUCGACCAAGAAAACCUAGCUCACGUUGCCGAGGUCUCUACCACUGUAGCGGAUAAUGUGACGCAUCUAGCCAGAACCAUAGAGACCCAGCCAUUGUUUCCUCAAUUCAAAAAGUUGAAACUUCCACCCACGCCCGUAAUCAAUGCUUGGGUGCAACGUUACUUCGAACACGUUCACCCAGUAUUCCCCUUGCUUCACAAAACAUCAUUUCGAGCCCCAGAAACCCACUGGCUACUGAUCUUUACGGUCAGCGCUAUCGGAGCCCAGUUUUCCACCAUCCCUCAAGCGCGCCUUUGUGGUGGGACGAUGCAAGAAAUUGCACGGAGACAGGGACUGUUCUUGGCCUUGCGAUACUCCGGGGAUCGGAGGUGCUUGGAGAGUGCCGAAAUCUAUGGCCCGCCGAUUGCGACUGUUCAGAAACACAAUGUCACCCCAAAGGAUUGGCCGAGAUGGAUCUGCAACGCCCUCAUAAGUGGCACGUUUGGACUUGCGAUGAAUAACGCCGAUGAGCUGGCUUUGCUAUCUGGGUGA